UUACAAUGCGACUCUGAGGCUCAGCUGUCGCUGGCUGUAAAUUUUAGAUUUUAAAAUUAAAACUCACUGUAAAUCUAGAAAACACUGUGUUGUGCGUGGGGACUGUGUGUAAUUCGAUAUAUUGACAAAAAACGUUCCGUUUAACAGCCUCGUUGUCGGCCGCCGCCUGUGAAACAAAGAUGCUACUUGCUGCUGUCAUUGCGAAAUAUUGCAGCAGCACACGGCGAGAACAGGAAAAACUACAACAGAAAGACAUAACAAAUUCUGCAACAAAAAGUAAGGAAUAAUCAAUUAAAAACUCUUUGCACGCCAGUGUUUCAGGCGUACAGCACUGGCAGCCACCGCGCAGAGGCGCCUCUAACCUGUUGGGGUAGACGAAACGAAAAUUUGUGUGAACAGCUGCAGGUCCGCUGCUUUUGGCAACAGAACUCGACGAAAACACAAUGGAAAUGAGAGAGGUAUUGAGCCGCGAGGGGCGCGAGGCUAAGAAUCUGCUAGUCUACCAGUUUUGCGACGAGACAUCUACAAAUUCACUGGCCAGCGUAGGCGGCGACACAACAAGCGGAGGCGUCAUUAUAAACGGUGACUGCUACCGUAAGCCACCGAUGGCCCCAACAAAGUCGCCCCUUGGAACCCCCAAGAGCUGCCAGUCGCCCACAUCGCCAUCGGUGCGAAUGAAGACCGCAGAGCACAGCGUUUCGGGACCACGCGUGCGUAGCGCCUCCACUGGGCGAGACAAAAAGUCUGAGCUGCAGGCCCGCUACUGGGCAUUGCUUUUCGGCAAUCUGCAGCGGGCUGUUAACGAGAUCUACCAGACCGUCGAAUGCUACGAGAAUAUAUCCAGCUGCCAGGAGACGAUCCUGGUGCUGGAGAACUAUGUGCGGGAUUUCAAGGCCCUCAGCGAGUGGUUCAAGGUCUCCUGGGACUACGACUCGCGUCCGCUGCAGCAGCGCCCUCAAAGUCUGGCCUGGGAGGUGCGCAAAAGCAAUCCCUUACCGCGAGUGCGCACCAAAAGCCUAUGCAGUCCGAAUAAUUCGGGCAAAUCGAGUCCGGCUUUGUUUGGCGGCUGCCAGUCGGGCAAGACGUCGCCCUGCUACGAUGGCCAUGUGUCGCCUAAGAAACUGCUGCGCGCCUACGAUCAAAUGCCACGAGGUGCCAUGCGUCUGAAUGUCCGCGAGCUGUUUGCCAGCAACAAGCGCGCCACCCAGGGAUCGGCACAGUCGGACCCCAUGGAGGCGCCAGCGGAGGGACCUUUGGAUUUGAGCGGCGACAAAACAUAUCUGCAGCUAAACAAUCAAUACUCACAGACGGAUCUGGAGGACCCGCAUCUCACGUUGGCCGAUGUGCGCGAAAAGAUGCGCCUGGACGCAGAGCAGCAUGAGGCAGCGGAACGUGAAGCGGCAGCCAAAGCGGAGGCAGAAGCAGCUGAAAUCGAAGAAGCAGCCGCCGCUGAAAUCGAGGAAGCAGCCGCCACUGAAAUCGAAGAAGCAGUCGCCGCUGAAAUCGAAGAAGCAGCCGCCAUUCAAAUCGAAGGAAUAGCCACUGAAAUCGAAGCAGCAGCCGCCACUGAUAUUGAAGAAGCAGCCGCCAUUGAAAUCGAAGGAGCAGCCGCCACUGAAAUCGAAGGAGCAGCCGCCACUGAAAUCGAAGAAGCAGCCGCAAAAGAACAAGCCAUUCCAGCAGAAGCUGCCAAAACAGAACCAGAACCAGUGCAGCCACCAACACAGAGAACAGAAGAGGCUCAGCCACAAGCCCCACCAAAAGUGGUGGAACCCACAGCCCUGCAGAUGACAGUGGCCUCGCUGGAGCUUAUGGAGAAUGCACUCCUAGCCGAGCAGGCCAACAAAGAGCCCACACCGCCCAGCACAGUGGUAAAGCCAGUGUCGGAGCUGUUCAAGAAACCCCAGCCCCCGGGGCCAGCCACCGCCACGGGUGGACACACGGUCCAGAACAGUCCCCUGAAGUAUUCUAGUGUGCUUAAUCGCCCGGUGAAGAAGGGGGUGAGUGCUCCGGCAGCUGGAACACUGAAUGCCAAGGCUGCUGCGGUGCCAGCGAAGCCUAUAAACAGUGCCACAAAAGCAGCACCUGCUCCUGCUUCUGCUCCCGCUCCCGCUCCCGGCGUAAAUGGCCUUCGUCGGGGAGUCAAAGCAUCUCCGAUCGCAGCUAAAACUGGACGCAGUGCGGUCCAGCCACCGCCACGACCCUCUAGCAAAACCGAAUGCUAUGGUCCGCCCAACAAUGUGGCCUCCAGGCUGUCGGCACGUUCCAGCACGAUGCUGGAUAUGAAUGGAAAGGCAAAUGGCAAUGCACAUGUGGGUGCUCCGCUCUCCAAGGCCCUGCCCAAGCGGUCGACCAUCACACUGGUCGCAAACCAGCGACGGAAUGCGGGGAGCUCGAAGGUGAGCAGCCGCGAGUACAUAGGCAGCUCCACGUCGACCCUCAAGGCCAGCAAUGAGCAGCUCAGUAGCUCGCGUAGCACUCUUAAGAUAGAGGAUAGGCAUUCCGAGCCCAAGCAGCUGCAGCAGAAGGCCGAUGCCGACGAUGGGUGGCUGACGGUGAAGAAUCGCCGAAGGAGCAGCAUGCACUGGUCGAAUCGAUUCAAUCAGCCCACGGGCUAUGCGAGCCUGCCCACGCUGGCGCUUCUUAACGAGCAGCAACGCGAAAAGGAGGACAUGGAGAAGCAGCAACAGCAGCAGCAGCAACAGCAGAAGGCAAAAGCAAGAAAACCCAUUCCGCAAACCGCAAAGACAGCAACUGCCACCACAGAGGCAUCCAAGGGCAAGGGAGCAGCAGUCAAAACGAGUAUGACUGCAGCAGGAGGCACGCGACCAGAAAUCAAGAAUGCCAAGGCGAAAGUAAACUCUUUUUCGCUUCUGAAAGCGCCCGCAAGGAGACCAGAAAAGCCGGAGAAGCACCUGGAGAAGGCCGCCUCUGCAUGUGGCGCGGGCAGCAGCCUCCCGGCAACGGCCACCAUCUAUGUGGCCGCACGCACCUCCACCAUUAAAAGACAGAAGUCGGAUCUCACGGGACUCAAGAUGACAUCGCUGCACAAGGAGUACAUGCGCAGCGAGAAGAAUGCGCUGCGGAAGCAGCAGCAAAAGGAGCAUGACCAGGACGAUGGCUCCAGCACAUCCGUGGAGACCGUUGUGGAACUCUCCAACGAUGAACACCACAAAAUCGACAUCAAGAUACAGACAAACUGCGAGUUUUCCAAGACCAUUGGGGAGCUGUACGAGAGCAUUGCCCGCUGUAAGCUGCCCAAUGGCUGCCUCAAGCCGGAGGCCAAUACGCUGAGUGCCUGCGAUGAGAACGAUGAGCAGAACACGGACGACAACGAAGAGGAGCGCGACGAGCGCAUCCUGGUGGAAGAGCAGGAGUCUCUAGAGCGGCAGAUACGGGAACUGGAGCAAACAGAGAUCGAUGUGGACACAGAAACAGAUGAGACGGACUGCGAGGUGCAGUUGGAUCUGGAACAGGAGGAUUUCAUGGGCCCCGAUGACGCUGCAGUCUUUGUGACAAUGAGCGAUGAUGAGAAUGCCAGUCUGGAGCUGCGCUAUCAGGCCCUGCUUUCGGACAUGUCGUGGAACGAGCGCGCCGAGGCCCUGGCCACCUUGCAGGCCUAUGUGGCCCGUCACCCGGGCCGUGCCCAGGAGCUGCACCAGAAGCUGUCCUCGCCUUCGCGCCGUCGCUCCCUGCAGGAGACCCUCAAGAAGUACCAGGCCAAGCAGGCUCGAGCCCAUCAGAAGCGGGUUGUCCUGCAGCAGGAAAAGGCGGCCAAGCUGCAGCAGCUCUUCGAUCGCGUCGAGGAUGUGAAGGCGGCCAAGAAGCAGCUGAUCGAGGACAAGCGCCUGAAGAUGCAGGGCCGCCUGCAGCGUGCAGCCGAGAAUCGAGAGAACUAUCUCAAGCAAAUCAUCGUCAAAGCGCACGACGAGGACAAGAAGCUGAAGGAGAUCAACUUUAUCAAGAACAUGGAAGCCCAGAACAAGCGACUGGACUUGCUCGAAUCCUCCAAGGAAAUCGAAGGCAGACUCCAAGAGCUCGAACAGGAACGCCAGAAGCGGGUGGACGAGAAGCUGGCCAAAGAAGCGGCCGUCGAAAGACGUCGUCAGGCGCUGGAAAAAGAGCGCCUGCUGAAGCUGGAGAAGAUGAACGAAACGCGACUGGAGAAGGAGCAGCGUAUUGGUAAAAUGCAGGAGCAAAAAGAGCGCCAGCGUCAGGCGUUGGCUCGCGAGAAGGCCCGCGAUCGGGAGGAGCGGCUGUUGGCGCUUCAGGUCCAGCAGCAGCAGACCACAGAGGAGUUGCAGAGGAAAAUACAACAGAAACAGGUCGAGUCGGCCCGCCGUCACGAGGAGAACAUUGAGCAUAUACGCCAGAGGGCCCAGGAGCUAACCAUGCCCACGCGGCAGCCAGAGGAUGGGCGUGGCGACCACGAGGGAACGGAUGAGGCACUCAGCCAUACCAGCAACACCGAGGAUGGGGAUAUGUCCUCCAGUCGUUCGGAUGUGGGCGGAACAGGGGGUCAUUCACGCAGCUACAAGAAGAAAAUGAAAAAGUUAAAGCAGAGAAUGAGUCAAAAUGCCGCUGAAUAUUUGGACAGCAUGGAACCCACACCAGCCUUCGUCAGGCGCGACAGCGCAGUGCCAAAGAUUCUGAAUAUGAUCGUCAAGGGCGGUGGACCUCAGGGAAUGGACAGGGCCCUGGGCAACCUGCUGCGCAUCCUGCCCAAGGCACAGACAUUCGAUUUUCAGGCCUUCCUCUGCAUGGAUGCCCUGGGCAUAUUGACCAACCAUGUGAUUACCGAGGGCCUCAAGCCAAACUCAGAGGUCUCCAUCAAAUCCGUCCAUCUGGCGGUGCAGCUCUAUAGGACUUCCUGCUCCUUGUGUCCCCAGAUAGCCCGUCACGGUCUGAUGGGUAAUUCCAUAACAGCUCUGCUCGAUGCCAUCAACAAGAGCCUGCAGUUUCCCGAAGAAAAAUCACGACAACAUCCGGUCGAGUUAUCCACCGAGCUAAUGCUGGCCUGCACGGAGGCGCUCUCCUCGACCUAUCUGAAGAAGGACUCCCACCCCAAAGUGAAGGAACGCCUACCGGACCUCAUCAACUAUGCGGUGAUCACGGGCCUCAUAGAUCUCCUGUCGCGUCGCAACCAGAAGGUACGCGAGUCCAUCGAGCAGAACAACAGCAUGAUGCUGGACCUGCUGACGUCGAUCGGCUUCAUCAGUCGCUUCAUUGAUAUCUGCAAGCCGGGUCCUGCCGAUCCGACACGCCUGCUGAGCGCGGUCAAGAGCACGGAACUCUUCGGAACAUUGACCAUGCUUAGUGGCAGCAUUGUGCCAAUUGGUAAGAUGUUGAAACCCUACCAAACAGUAGCUGUAUAUCCCAAACGGAAGGGCACUCUGAAAGGGCACUCUGGUGAUUGCAUUCCACAGCGCACGACCGCCCUGGCGGCAGCUACGUUUAAUCUUUACGUGUCCCUGGCCGCACUGGAUGUGAACACUUUUCAGGAGGCUCUGUCGGUGGAGGGUCCUUUGUCGCUGAAGCUGCUGGAUGUGAUAAUGAUAAUAUUGGACAAUUGUGUGACAAACACCCCAUGGAUUAGGACCAGUGAGCGGACAACAAUGCUAAUUGAUUUGGUUGCCUCGCUAGCCUUCUUCGCACUGAACAACCGUCGGCAUCAGGAGCUCUUGAUAUCCGAGCCAUAUUCCGCGAUCUUCAAGAAUCUCGGCAAACUCUCCACGCAGUUCAAUCCAGUGAUCUAUCCAUUAUUGGUCACCGCAAGCUUCAAUUAUCCGGCAGCCCGAGAGCUCAUUGGCAAACAUUUCGACUUGCAAUUCCUCGAUGAGUACAGCCGGUCGGAUGUGGCCAAGCGCAAUCGCUUGAUCAAGCUCAUCAACAUAUGGAGCAAAGACAAAGUCAUUCCGCCACAGCUGCCGUUCAAAGGAGGUUAAGUCUGUGCUUUCUCUCACUACACAUCCUAUAUAUAUCUAUAUAUAUAGACUAUCCUUAAACACGAACACUACUCAUUCUCAAGCAUUGCCCAAGGGAGCAACGUGAUAUAAUUUUCAUAGAAAAUUAGAAAAAAAAGCAAGCGCUGAGCAAACAACUCGAAACAUUCGCAAAGAGAUGAACAAACGAAGGGGAAACACAAGGAAUACUUAAUAAUUGAGAUCACAAAAUAUUCUAAAUAUAUUUUAUGUAAUCUUAAAGGAUAACUUAAACUAAACUACUAAUAAAACACUCAUCUCACACUCAUACAUUCGCAUACACAUUCACAUAUAGCCCACAUAUAUAUUUAUGAAAUACUCAUUGUAGUCUGUAUGACGUUCCCUGCUAAGUAUUAACACUCUCACCACCACCUGCAUCGCCUGCAUCAGAACCACACGACAAACAAUCUUCCAAAAUUCUCGGUUAUCAAAAGAACUCACACACACACACACACACACACACGCGCAUGAAAUGGCAGGAAUUAAGACAACCUAAUGUAUUUUUUAUAGACGUCGACCUUUUGUUGCUGAAACAAUUAUCAUAAAUCAUAUAAAUGAAAUAAAGAAGUGAAAAAAUGCAA